GUAAAUUCCAUAAAGUAUGGUUCAUUUGUAUUGUGUUCUAGUUGAUUGAUCAUUGUUUCAUUGUGGUUUGUAUUGUAUUUCUCUAUAAGAGAAUUGAUUUCACUGAUUUAAAAGAAGAAACAAACAACAAAAACUCCAUAUUCAUUUGAUGAUGAAGAAUUAGAUGAUAAACAAAUUGCUUUAAUUAAACAUGACAAAAAUAAACAUCAAAAUAGAAUGAAGUGAAAAUCUAUUAGAUUCUAAUUAGAAAUGGGGAAUACAUUCUCUUCUUCAGAAGAUCUCACCAGUUCUAAUAACGAAAACAACAAAAGAAAAACAUCUACUGCCUCAAAAGGUGGAAAGCCUAAAAUUCUUUCAAUACAAGAGUAUGAAGCAGAAUUGGAUCUUUUAACCAAUGAACCAAAAUCCUCUGACGAUACAGACACAGGGGAAUGUUUUUCUGAUGAAGAUGAUGACAAUGACAAGGAUGAGAUCAAAUCCUUUACAUUACCGAAUUCAAGCAGACUGCAAUUAUCUGUCCAUUAUAAUGAUGCAGAACAAGAAAUGCAUGUGAAUGUUAUACGUGCAAACAAUGUACCUGGCAGGGAAGCUGGCGGACCCUCAGCUUAUCAAAUUAACUUAUCUAUGGAACCAGAUAAUAAACAAUAUUGGCAAAGUAAAAUACGUACAGCACCAAAUCCAGAAUACUUAGAAGAAUGGAAAUUCCCAAUCCCUCUUGUUACUAUACACAAAUCUACGCUUAUUUGUUGUAUCGUCGGAUUUUUCGGAAAUGAAGAAUAUCUGUGUGGAGAAGCUUUUCUACCAUUUGAAAAUUUAAAUUUAAAUAUUGAAAAUAUUCUCACAGUAAAUUUUCAACCAAUACAUGUUCUACCGGUUCCACAUGAUUUGCAAUUAACAAAGACAGAAGUUGAAACAGACGAUAAAAGUAAAAUUGCAACGUCAAAAUUAACCGAUCAAGAUCGACCAUCAAUUUGUCCACAGAAUGAAAAUGCAAUCAUUUUCAAUACACGAUUAUCUAAAGUUUUACUUAUGCUACGAUUAAGUCAAAAUACUGGACGAUUUGAAUGUUGUAUUCAACAAAUUAAUCUUAUUGGUAUAAGAAUAAGUAAAAUACCAAAACGAAGUAUCUAUGUGAAAUUAUUUAUUAGAACAGAAGAAGAUGGUUUAAUCAAUAAAGCGCAUAGUGCAUCUCAUCAACAACAAUCUACAAUACACAUGAAUGAAACAUUUGCAUUUUAUAUAAAACCAUAUCAAAUAGAUCGAAUCACUGUAGAAUUUUCAUUAUUCAAAAGGAAGCCAUUCAAUAAACGAAUUAUAAUUGGAACGUGCAAAAUAGGUAAAUAUAAUACAAGUAUUAAUGAAUUAGAACAUUGGGAACGUGUAUUAGCUACAAAAGAUCAAGUCAUAUCACAAUGGCAUAAAUUCUAUCCAAUAGCAAUAACACCACCGGAAAUGACAUUGAAAAUGGAAGAUUGAUUGAUUGUUUGUUUGUUUUUUUUGGGGGGGGGCGGAUAUUAUUUAUUCUAAUCAUUUCUUUCUAUUUAACUACUUCAAAAUGUAUACACUUUUAAUGAUGAAAGAAAUGAUUAAUGGCUUUAUACAAUAUUAUGUAAUGGGUACAAUAUAGAAUCCUCAAUAUAAAGUAUUUCAAUAA